GCCCUCCCGCGGGAGCAGCUCGCGAGUACUAGUCUUUCGUCGCACCGAGACAUAUGAUCUCGGCGUGAAAUCUGUCGUGCCUGCUUGUGCAUCACGAAUGCAGGACCCGAGUGCCCGACCUAGCGUAUGGUCGGUGUCCACGUGCUUACUGAGUUUAGGCAGCAGCACGAACUGUUAUCGAUCGAUCUUUAAAUUAACGUCGCAGAAGAAGUAGGAGCCACAGCAAUCCUUGUUCUAUGUCGUUUUUAAGGCUAUGUUUUUCUGCAUGCCUUUUGUUGUCGAAAGUAAUUUCGAAUCAAAAAAAACAGGUACUAAGAAGAA